AUGCAAACACCAUCGGAGACCGAAGAUACUUUCGGAUUUACAGCAGCACAGCAUUGGCUUCAUAACACUACAAUUUCCACGAAAGCUCUACAAAAUGACAUCUCAAGCAUUCUGCCCAUCCUUCCAGUUAUGGUCAGCAGCGCGCAGAUGCCAUUCGACGACACUCGUCGCGAAAAUUCCUACCACAGCCUCGAAGGGUUUACAGCUUUGAUCACGAGCCCAACGUGCUUCUCCCACGCGUUUCUGUCACCGACUCAGCUUCAGGAAGUACCCAACUCCUGUUUUUCAGCCCAGUCUUGCCCUGGCUCGUAUCAAUCCGUCGAUAUACUCGGCUUCACUUUGAAAUACGACUUCUCAGUUCAACUUCAACACUUCCAUGACUUCGUCCAAUGCUACCUGGGCUGUCACCCAUUCACUUUCCGACUCGCGUCCGAUGAAGAAAUCGCGGAGGAAAUUUUGUGCUGGGGAACUGAUCAGUGCAGCAAAUUUGCGGCUCAUAUUGAGCGACGGUCAUAUGCAGAGCUACGAAAUCCUCACCUUCGGCUGAAGAGAGAAGCUCGAAACGCUCAACGUCAACUUGCCCGUAUGCGAGCAGAGGAAGCUCUUGCGGAACAAACAAUCCGAGAACCUCAGAUCGAAGACAUGCGGACUUUAGGAGAGUGUUUUAGGGAUGGCCAAAAUGCAGGUGACGAGAUGGAACUAGGAGAAAAGGGUAAAGAGAGUUUGGAGUUUGUUUCCGGAGGAAAGAGGGCUUGUCAUGUAGGGUGCGAGGAAGGAACGAGGAAAAGAGCUGCAAUUUGCUAA